GACUGAAUUGUCUUUUCUGCGUACUAAACAACAACAUAACAGUACGAGCACAGCACGGUACUAUAUUUCCUCUGCAGAGCCCUUUCCUCAAAGUUUCUCCUCGCGCAUCGCUCCACCAUCGUCACCAUGUCCUCGAACCACAUGGCUGCCCUCGCCAACCGGUCUAUCCGGAAUAUCGUCUCUGUUCGUCCUCAUAGCUUCACCUCAUCUCUUUACCUCUGGAACAUACUAAUGUUCGCAAAUGCCCAUCCAGGAGCUCGAAUUCCUCGCAGACACAAACGUAAUCUCCGCCACCACCUUUCGUACCAUCAUCGAGGAGCUUCCAGCAGCAGGAGAAGCGCUAAACAUCUCCGCCGCUACCCUCUCCCCACCAACCCUCGCCCCGGGCCCAGCUCCACAUACCACCACUCCCGCAAUCCCUCAUCCAACUUUCUCCCCUCCCCCCUCGACCAAGACUCCCCUCUCGGAAAAGCACCUUCCAAUCGCGACCCAGGCGCCCCCAUCACCCGCACCGCCAAGCUAUACACCCACGGCACUCGUCCUCUCGCUAGCAAAUGCGGAGUGGGCCUUCGUCGGGUGUGAGAAGGGCGACUUGGCCUUCAAGGCCGGCGACACUAUUGAAGUGUUGGAGAAGAUCAAGGACGAUUGGUGGAGGGGCAGGAUUGCUGGUGGAAAUGGUGAGAUCGGGCUGUUCCCGUCCAGCUAUGUUAAAGAGACGCGUGUGCUCGCUGCGGGUGGGAAGGAGAAGGCCCCCUUGCCGAACUUGCCGCCAAGGGCUACAAGUAGUGGGUAUGGACCUGGAGGGAACAUGAUGACGGAUGUUGCGCAUGGGAAUAGCGGGCAGCAGCAGCAAGAGGAAAGGGGGGGCGUUGUUGGGAAGAAUGGUGAGAAGUUUGGAAAGAAGCUGGGGAAUGCCGCGAUUUUUGGCGCUGUAUGUUUCCCCCCAUCCCCCCAUCGCUUCUCGGAUUCUUGUGGGAGUGGUGGAUUAUUCGCUAAUGCCCAAAUUUUCUAAAGGGCGCUACCAUCGGAACCAGGAUCGUCAAUGGAAUCUUUUAAGUGUUUUUAUGGUCAUCACUACCGCUGGUUAAUGUUCUAUCCGUUCACCCUUUUUUCACCUUCUUUCUUCCCGCCCCUUUCUCUAUUCCUUCAUUCCUGUUUCUCAGUUCUUGUAUAUUGUCGCAAAAUUAAACGAUGGGCAAUGCUG